CUCAGUCCCUGUCCCCACAUCAGUUGUCAUGACCACCAUGACUCCUUUCAGCGCCUCUGUCAAUGCCAACACUGGAGCUGCUGCCUUCACUCCUGGCACUGUCAUUGCCAGCCAGCAUGGGGGGGCACUGCCCCAGCAGUCCCUCUCUGAUGGAGCUGCUGCCUCCACUCCUGGCACUGUCACUGUCAGCCAGCAUGGGGGGGCACUGCCUCAGCAGUCCCUCUCUGAUGGAGCUGCUGCCUCCACUCCUGGCACUGUCACUGUCAGCCAGCAUGGGGGGGCACUGCCCCAGCAGUCCCUUUCUGAUGGAGCUGCUGCUUUCACUCCUGGCACUGUCACUGCCAGCCAGCAUGGGGGGGCACUGCCCCAGCAGUCCCUCUCUGAUGGAGCUACUGCCUUCACUCCUGGCACUGGCACUGUCACUGCCAGGCAGCAUGGGGGGGCACUGCCCCAGCAGUCCCUCUCUGAUGGAGCUACUGCCUUCACUCCUGGCACUGGCACUGUCACUGCCAGGCAGCAUGGGGGGGCACUGCCCCAGCAGUCCCUCUCUGAUGGAGCUACUGCCUUCACUCCUGGCACUGGCACUGUCACUGUCAGCCAGCAUGGGGGGACACUGCCCCAGCAGUCCCUCUCUGAUGGAGCUCUGAUGGUGGGCAGCAAACCCCUGUCUCGUGUGGCCAGCGGGGCAGAGCGUUACCCAGAGACAGUGGAGGCCCUGAGGGACGUGGGCAGGCUCAGGGAGAGACACAACACCCUGGAGACCAGAGUAGAGCUGCUGGAAGCAGGCAAGGCCGACCAGGCCCAGCUCCAGCACCUCCGGGAGCACCUCACUGACAUGGGGGACAGGGAUGUGCCUGACAAACUGUUGGAUCAACUGAAUCAUCUGAGAGUUCUGGUCGACAGCCUGAUGGGUGACAGAGCCAAGCUGGGAGAACUGGAGCAGCUGAUUCUGAACAUAGGGACAGUUCAGGGCUCAGAGGGAGGCUCAGAAACAGCCAAAGGGUCAGACAGUGAGGACUCUGACUCUCCUAAGCAAGGACAGCUCAGACUGCAGAUAUUAUACCUCAGGAACGCAGUACAGAAAGUGGAGGAAGAGGUGCUACUGCUGAAGACUGAGAACACCUCAGCCAAGGCUGAGCAGAAGACCAAGAAAGACAGACAGCUACAGGAUCAGAUGGACAACCUGCGAGGCAUGCUGGAGGACAUGAUGGCGUCCUCCUCCUCACUGCUCUCCCAGAGCCUACAGCAGGAGCCCCAGGGGUCAGAGCAGGGCCAGGGCAGCGGUCAGGCAGGCGGGCAGCAAGGCUCCACGUGCCCCUCCUGCUCUGUAGACGUGAGCAGGAAGGUCAGCCAGCUGUUCCAGCGCUAUGAGAAUCUGCAGGGCCUGGUUAGCAGAUUCAUGAAUCAGCAGGGAGGAGGCAGACCUGGAGCAGAGAGCUCGGAGCUGAUGAAUGACGUUCAGGAAGCCAUCAUGCAGCUGCAGGCUGAGUGUGAGAAGCUCCACGGCACAGCCAACCACCUGAUUGAGGAGCACAGCCAGAAACAGGUCCACAUCGACCAUCUGUACAAGUCCAUGGAAGAACUGGACGAGAAGAAAGCUGACAAAGAGCUUGUGGAGAUGGAGAUUGAAAUCAAAGCAGACAAGCGUGCCCUGGAGACCAAGGUGAGCCGCAUGCAGUUUGACUCCAUGACAGAGGAACUCAACACCAUGUUCCAGGAGCUGCUCAGCAAGAUCACCGGCCAGGAGCAGGACUGGCACAAAAUCAUCGACAAAAUCUCCACCGAGAUGGAGUGCAAGCUGGACCGGAUUGAGCUGGAUCCUGUGAAGAAGCAGCUAGAGGACCGCUGGAAGAGCAUCCGUAAGCAGCUGCAGGCCCAGCCUGCCCCGAAGGAGGACGAUGCUGCAGGCAUCAGGAAACAACUUGUGGCAAGGUUCCACUGCAUCUCCUGCGACCGCCCAGUUGAUAUGCUUACCCCAGGACCGCACUUGGUUACCGUGCCCUCCACUCCUGGCCUACCCUCCCACAAGUCCAACCGACCGUACACCAUCUAUGAGCUUGAGCAGGUUCGCCAGCACUGCAGAAGCGAGCGCAUCCCUGAGAUGGCGGACUACAGUUACCUGGCCAUGUCCCGGAGCUGUGGAGGCAGCCACACCGUGACCUACCCCAACCGCCGCUACACCCGCCUGCAGCACAUCAGCCACUUCAUCCAGGCUGAGGAGGAGACACUGCCCAUCUCCAGCUCCUCACUGCGCAUUCAGCCGGAGGAGGUGGACAUCCUGGGAUUGGACGGACAUAUCUACAAGGGCCGCCUGAAAACCAGAUCAAUCAAGACUGUGGAUGCCAGACUACCAACCAUCUUUCCUAAAGACGGUACAGGGUUCUGGACUGGGAUUAUAUUCAGCUCUACUCUACAGUAUUGUGUAUUUUUAGAGUAGAAUUACAUGUAUUGAAAAGAAAAUGGAAUCUGGACAAUUGUGAACAAAAGCUAGACUACUUAAUUCAUGUUACUCAAUUCAAGGUCAGGAGAGAAUGGGGAGGAGACUGAAAAGUUGGGGUGGGUUGAGAGAAAGUGGGCUGUUUGGUUGGGAAUGAGAAUUUGAGGAGGAAUACAGUACAGUGUUAAAGUGGUGUAUGAUGAAGGAUUAGGAACGAGGGUCUGGAGAUUUAGGGAAGGAGAGAGGAGCUUCGUUUAUGGGAGGGAGUAUUUCAGGAGGGUUUAAGGA